GCGCCGACUCGCAGUCUUUGCUUCUCACUCCGCGGCGGGGGCGGUCCGAGUGGUGCGCCAUGCUGAGGAGCGCGGCGGCUCUGCGGAGAAGCGCCCUCCUCUGCGGCCGGGGCGGCGGGAGGGGGCUGUGGACUGGCCGCCCGCAGUCAGAUACUGACAAUGUAAAGCCAUUAGCAGGUGUAAAAAUCCUGGAUCUAACGAGAGUACUGGCAGGACCUUUUGCUACUAUGAAUUUGGGAGAUCUUGGAGCAGAAGUUAUUAAAGUAGAAAGACCAGGAGUUGGUGAUGACACACGAAGUUGGGGGCCACCUUUUGUGGGCACAGAAAGUACAUACUUUCUCAGUGUUAACCGAAAUAAGAAAAGUAUAGCUGUUAAUAUCAAGGAUCCAAAAGGGAUGAAAAUCAUCAAAGAGCUUGCAGUUGUUUGUGAUGUAUUUGUGGAAAACUAUGUUCCUGGCAAACUGUCUGCCAUGGGUCUGGGAUAUGAAGAUAUAGACAAGAUCGCUCCUCAUAUCGUCUAUUGCUCCAUCACAGGGUAUGGUCACACAGGUCCCAUGUCACAACGUGCUGGUUACGAUGCUGUGGCCUCGGCUAUUUCUGGUCUGAUGCACAUCACAGGGCCAGAGGAUGGAGAUCCGGUCCGCCCAGGAGUGGCCAUGACUGAUCUUGCCACUGGCCUGUAUGCAUAUGGAGCCAUUAUGGCCGGACUGAUCCAAAGAUGUAAAACUGGAAAAGGACUGUUCAUUGAUUGUAACCUACUGUCGUCUCAGGUGGCAUGUUUGACCCAGGUAGCCACCAAUUACCUUAUUGGCCAAAAGGAAGGGAAACGUUGGGGCACAGCUCAUGGAAGCAUUGUUCCUUACCAGGCUUUUAAAACCAAGGACGGCUAUCUUGUGGUUGGUGCAGGGAAUAACGAACAGUUUGCGACUAUGUGUAAGAUUUUAAAGUUGCCUGAGUUGAUCGAUGAUUCCAAGUAUAAAACCAACCAUCUUCGAGUACAGAAUAGAAAGGAGCUUAUUAAAAUAUUGUCUGCACGGUUUGAAGAACAAACGACUGCCAUGUGGUUGUGUCUCUUUGAUGGCUGCGGGAUCCCUUAUGGCCCAAUCAACAACAUGAAGGGUGUAUUUACAGAGCCCCAGGUGUUGCACAAUGGCCUCGUUAUGGAGAUGAACCAUCCGGCAGUGGGGAAGAUUUCAGUCCCAGGGUUUCACUAUGUAGUCCAGACUGGCCUUGAACUCAUGACAGUCCUCCUGCCACAGCCUCCCAAGUACUGGGAUUGCAGGCAUGUGCCACCAUGCCUGGCUCUACUGUGCACUGUUUGGAACACACAUCUAGAUUCUGCUGAGUGUCUAUGAACCUCCAAGAUCUCUACUAUUACUAGUAAAAGAUGACUGUAGAUGUCCACACAAUAAAGUUCUUAGAUUGGUGCUACAAUAAGUACAUGUGAAAUCUCCUAUUCAUUGCAUUCAGAUCAAAAUAAUAAAGAUGCUACAGGUAAAGAUUGGCCUUUCUGAAACUGUAUAAAUUCACUUGGUGAAAACGAACCAUCAGUAAUAAUUUCUUGGUUCAAUUUUAAAGUAAGUAAAAGGAAAAAGAGUAAUUAGAACUAGAUAAAACCAGAUUAAAUACUUCAGAUUAUUCUAGAAUCAAUGUUUUAUUCUCAGUUAUUUCUUAGAAUGAUUCAUCCCCUAUGGUUUGGAAGUUUAAAAUCUGAACCUAUCUUUGUCUCUUGAUGAAAAGAUUCCCGAAGUCCCAGUACAUGUGGCUCAUGCUGAAAGCCCCCUUGCUGCCCUCAGUCUUGACUUGACAGUUGUCCCCAGUGGCUAGUGGGGAAUCGUCUUGAGAAUCCACUCUCAGACUAUCCCCCUGAUUUAGUUGUUUUGUUUAACAGCAAAUAACAGUACAGCAAGGCAAUCAGGACUUCACAUUCCCAAUCUCAGUUUGUGUCUUGCUUUAAUGAUACAGGCUUAUAAAUUAGGUAUCUGUGCAGCUUGUGAACUGCACAAGGUGAAGACCUUCCCCAUGUAUAUUUGGAAUAAAGACCAGUAUGCCUUUGGUGGCUUGGAACAUUGGCUCUAGUAACUCCAUUGCCAUUUAUUUUUAUAACUGGACUUCCUGUAUGAUUUUAAUGGUCUUAGGGGUUGGAGUAUAGAAAUCUAUGAUUCAGCUGGGACUCUUUGUGUCUUUAUUUUGCUUCCAUGUAGCAACACAUGGAAACUAAUGAUAUGGGUCCUGAAGUCCAACUGUCGAGGGUCAGGUUUUCAUUCUGACACAUAGUCUCUAUGAACUUAGAAAAGUUUCUAAACUUCUCUAUCAGAAUCUUUUGUAAUACAGGGAUAAUAUAUCUAUUUGUCACAUGAGGUUGUCAUGAUGAUAACAUGAGAUAACACAUGCAAAAUUAUUAUUACAGCACAAGACCUUAUUACAUGUUAGCUGCUUUAAUUGUUAUAAAUUGUAGGACUUCCAGAAAUUCAGGGUGGGAAUUUCCAAGAUAUACUUUUUCUAUUUGAAAAUUUCAAAAUAUAAAUGCUUUGACUGAAUUAUUCUAAUAUGAAAUAUGACAAAUCUCUAUUGUGGUUUGGAUCUGGAAUGUUCCCUGAAAGGCACAUAGAUACAUAGCCACAGCUAAGGUCUCCAGUCAGUUCAAGUGUCUGGAUUUUAAGUGAUAGACAUGUUCUACAAUGACAAGUUUGAUCCAGACAGGGAAAUAUUACAAUUACUGCUUAUAAAAUAAGUCUGGACUUCCACAUUUUCUGUAUUACUUAAGUGAAAAAUAAAUCUGACUGUCAAAGAAUCCA